AAGAAAACCUAUAUCCCUCAUCAUCUAUAAACUUUUACUUCGUCUUCCUCGUUCGUAGGCACUCCCUGUUCGAAGGCGACCAUGUCUAGCAGUAGUUUUGCUACCUCAAAAUCAACAGGCCGGUAUGAAUAUGGAGAGUGGAUCCCGGUCAAACAUUGUCAAUGUGGGCAAGAAUUGAAGCUUUUGACUACAUGGAAACAAGAAAACUGUGGGAGAAGGUUUUGGAAAUGCGUUGGCAGCCAGUGGUCUGAAGGAUGCGGUUUCAUGGAGUGGUUUGACCCUCCAAUGUGCAAAAGAUCCAAGAAAAUAAUUCCAGGAUUGUUAAAAAAACUGAAUGGGUAUGAAAACCACAUUCACACAUUGGAGCUGAAGCUGGAAGCAGUUGAGAAACCAGAUAAAACAAAUGACAAGAUGGAGAAGAUAGAGCACAAAAGAUACCCUUGCACCAGACUUGUCACUUGCAUUAUAAUAGCUUUUGUGGCUUUUGUAUCCAUG